AUGUCUCAAGUUCGUGGUCAGCAAGCCCGUCGCGGUGGAGGUAUUCCCGCUUCAGCUCGCCGGGUCAAUCAGUCUUCCGAAGACAGCUCAAGCAGCACCCCCAUUCCCUGGGAACGCCAGCAGCAAACCAGAAACUUGAAGAACCUUUUCUAUAAUGUCUGCGAAGACAAGAGAAUUCUCAAGCGCCGCUGUGAGGAGCUGACCAAAGACAAAACCCUCCUCCGGGAACAUUGCGACGCUGUCGGCGAUAGGCUUCACACGACUGAACAAAUCGCCGAGGCCCUCCGUCGCGACAGCCGUGAGCUCAGAUACUUCAAGCACAUCUCUCUCAAGGCCAUUCAGCGUGCCAAGAGAUUCCAAGACCAGCUCGAAGACGCCACAGAGGAUCUCGAAGACGCCGCCGAGCUCUUCAACAACCACGUGGAUCAGGCAGCAGCAGAUUCAGAUGCCCUCCGCGAGAGAAUUCACUCUCUGCAGGCUCAGUUGAUGCGCAGCCUCAAUAAGCAGCGCGAAGCGGGCGAGGGCAAUGCCCACCGCCUCGCUUGCCUCCAAGCCUCCAAAGAUGAGCAAAUCGCAUUCAUCGAGGCUGAACUCUAUCGAGUCAAGCGUGAGAGCGAGGCGGACUCCAUUUCCUAUGAGCAGCAGAAAGUCACCCAGAUGAACUGCAUCUCCUACCUCAUGGGCCGCCUCAACGAGCUUGCCCCAGAGUACUUUCUCGAGGCCAGAGAAGCCGGCAUCGACCCUCUCUGGGCUGCCCAUGGCCAUGUCCAGCACAUCGUUGGUCCAAUCACCGACGAUCGCCAUAGACGCGCCGCCCUCCAGGCCCUCACCCAGCGGGCCGAGGACCUGGACGCGGAGCGCGAGGCUGUCCACGCCCAAAUCGACGAGCCGCAGCGUGCCGACUAA